UUCCGCUAACUCCGCCCGCCCCGGGUUUCACAAAAAUUUAACUUGAACGAAGACAGGACGUGGGCGGCAUAACAACGGUGGAUUGUUUUGGAACGUUCAAUAACAACGGAUGUUAGAACUUAACACAAAUUACUAAUGUUGACUUAAAUAAAGCUUUUACAUAAUUAAUUGGAGUGUUAGUGAAAAGUUGCCGUGAAUUUUUUGAAACUGUUGGGAAUUAAUUUGUGAUAAUGACAGCGUCUACAAUGAUUGAACUGGAAUCCUGGAUAAUAUACCAGUGUGUCCUGAAUGAAUGCCAUGUCUCAAGUAGUUGAACUGCGCUACGACUUUUUAGUUGGACUUUGUUUUUGAGUUGCAGCCAUGGUUUCUACUUCGACGGAGGGCGGCGGCGGGUCGUGGUGUGCGCGCGACAUCUCGCUGCGCGCGCAGAAGAAGUUCCUGUCGCGCGUGGGGGGCGCCGCCAGCGCGCGCGCGCUCGUGCUGGACGACCAGGCCGCCAAGCUGCUUGAUCAGUUCCUGUGCGUGCUGCGGUCGCGCGUGGAGCGGCGCGAGGCGGAGCGGCUGGUGAAGCACGUGAUCAAGGCGGCGGUGAAGCUGGGCGUGCUGCGGCGCCACCAGCAGCUGUCGGCGCCGGACGAGCGCGCGCUCGCCGCCUUCCGCUCCAAGUUCCAUACGGUGCUGAUGGCGGUGGUGUCGUUCUGCGAGGUGGAGUUCUCGUACGACCGCGGCUUCCUGCAGGACGCGCUGCGCGACUCGCACCAGUCACUCAAGUCGGUGGUAGAGCGCCACCUAUCAGACAAGUCGGUCUCCCGGCUGGCCGGUAUCUUCUCCCUGGUGUCUCGGCCCGAGCUGCUCGACUCUCUGUUCGCGGGAAAAGUGGACGAUGAUGUCCUCAAGCUGUCCCGCAUGCUGAGGAAAGAACUAGACAAGGGCGUCCUAUAGACACGGUAGAGAACAGAAUUGUGCCGUCCUAACAAGAACGUUUAAGAGUUCUUUUCCAAUCUGUAGAAGAUUUUGUAUCUCAAAUUGAGAUCUGUCUGUAGUGGGCUAUGCAGGUGUUGGUUGAUGUGCGAUGAUGAUUGUACUGUUGAUAGCACUAUUUGUAGUGUGUAGGAUAUGGUGUAAAUGUGUUUAAUGAAGUCUCGAAUACGGCUGCAUAGCUUUAAAAUGGCUGUAAGAAAAAUUGUAAUAUCGAAUCUU